AUUAAAAGACUUUGAGAUCAAACAAAGAAACUAAUGAUUGAAACAAUUGAAUGAAUGAAAAAUCAAAGACCAAGAAGUAGUAGUAGUUCUUAGCCAAAGAAGAAGAAGAAGAUGUUGUCAUCGUUUAGCCGAUUGACGAUUGUUUGGACACAACUACUACUGUUGUUGUUGUUGGUCGCCAUCAAUGGUCAACAACUUCAACAACAAUAUAAAAAUUCAUUGAUUAUGAACACUAAGGACGUCCAGAUUAAUGUCGGCGACGAAGGAUCGUUCAUAUUGUUCAUCGAAAAACCACCGCCGACCGGACUGACCGUCAAUGUUAGCAUUGGGUGCGACGGUAGCGACGAAUGUCAUACAUUCACAGCCGACGACAACUACACUAUACCCGCAAAUAAUCUGCUGUUUACGUCUCAGACAACUGAAUACAGGUUUCGAUUGCGUGGUCUUAAUCCGGGACACGAUGUCAUAGUGGCCACUGUUGUGACCAAUCAAUCGGGUGUCGACGAUUCCGAUGCCUUUGUACGCGUACGUGUUGGCCGAUCGCGCGGUUGGGCAAUAGCUGCCGAUGUUGUCGGUUGGAUCUAUUUCCUGGUCUGGUCGGCUUCAUUCUGGCCACAAAACAUAACCAAUUGGCGCCGAAAAUCGGUAAUCGGUUUCAACUUGGACUUUGCUGCCCUCAAUGUCACGGGUUUUGUGUUUUAUACGUUCUAUAAUUCGGGACUAUAUUUCUCGACCCGAGUCCGGGAAUUGUAUGAAAUACAUAUCCCGAGGUCAGAGAUACCGAUCCAAUUGAAUGAUGUUAUCUAUGCUAUACAUGCGGCCGCCGUUACUGGUAUAACACUUGUCCAGUGCUAUGUCUAUGAACGGGGUGACCAACGUAUGUCAUUAUUGGGAAAACUGUUUACCGGCGGUGUUUGGUCGGCAGCCGCAGUCCAACUGAUUCUCUGUUUAGUUGGCGUUGAAUCGUGGCUAACAUUUCUCUACUAUUUUUCUUACGUCAAACUUACGGUCACUUCUGUUAAAUAUAUACCACAGGCCUACUUCAACUACAAGCGCAAGUCGACCGACGGCUGGUCAAUAGCCAUGAUCUAUAUGGACAUCACUGGCGGUGUUAACGGUUUAUUGCAAAUGAUAUUCAUUGCCUAUAAUUACGAUGAUUGGAAAACCAUUUUCGGCAAUAUUGCCAAAUUCGGACUAUCCAUUGCAUCCAUUUCCUAUGAUAUACUAUUCUUUCUACAAGAAUAUGUCUUCUAUCGUAAUCCACCGAAACAGGAAUCGACCGAAACAUUGGCCAACGGCGGCGGCGGCGGUGGUAAUGACUAUCAUCGGAAAGUGUCGGGCAUUUCAUCGGCCAGUAUCGGCUCUGUAAUGACCCAAUCGGGUAACGAUAGGCUAAACGGCAAACGAAAGUCAAUUGUUUCGAUAAUUUCGGCAAAAAGUAUGGACGGAUUGCGGGCAGCCUUUAGUGAACAACAGUUUCACGUCAACUGAUUUGAAGACAAGUCUUUGAAGUUAGAAAAAUGAAAUGAUUUUUUUUGUGGUG